GUCACGCUUAGAAUUGUAAGGUUAUGUUUCGUUAUGUUCAAUAUUGAAAACGUUCGUAAAUGUAACAUAUUAUUCUUAAAAAUUAUCGAUCGUUGCUCGAAUAAUAUUUCUUGGAAGUAAUUUUAUACGGAACAAGAUUCGAAAAAUAAUUUAAGGAUGUCUUCUUGGAAGAAAGCAGCCAAAGCAACGCAAAAAACUCAUAAAGAACGACAUCAACCAGAGGCUCGUAAGCACUUAGGUCUUCUUGAAAAAAAGAAAGAUUAUGUUGCAAGAGCAAAGGAUUAUCAUAGGAAAGAACGAACUUUGAAGUUAUUGCAAAAACGUGCUCUCAAUAGAAAUCCGGAUGAAUUUUACUUUCACAUGAUCAAUUCAAAAAUAGAGAAAGGUGUGCACAGAGAAAAAGAUAAGGAAGACGAACAUACUCCCGAUCAGAUUAAGUUAAUGGAGACGCAAGAUAUAAAAUAUGUUGCUUAUAAAAGAAAUAUAGAAGCGAAAAAGGUAGAAAAGUUGCAGAGUCAGUUACAUCUAAUAGAUGCUGCAAAUGAAGUAAAAAAUACGCAUAUAUUCUUUGUCGAAGAUGAGAAAGAGGAAAGAAACUUUGAUAUUGCUAAGAAAUUAAAUACGCAUCCUGCGUUAUUGUCGAGGCGUACAAAUAGACCUAAUUUGUCUAAAUUAAGAGAUAUAAAGUUCCCUCGAGUUGAUGAAAAUACUCUUGCUACCAUUGAACAACAAAAACACAUGGCUUAUAAGGAAUUGUAUAAGAGAAUAGAAAGAGAAAGAGAGUUAACUGUCGUUCAACAAAAAUUAGAAAUUCAGAGAGCUCUAGCAAAGGAGAAAGAAAUUAAACCAAAACAGGUGAAACCUGCAACGAGAGAUUCUGCUCCUAUAUAUAAAUGGAAGUUUGAAAGAAAGCGUUGAUAUAUUUUUAUACAUAUUAUAAGUAGCUAUUUCGGUCCGAAGACAAACAGUGAUUGAUCUAAAAGAAACAUAAAUAAUACUUGGAUAUUAGUAAUAAUCAUUGGAUAUAAUUAUCGAGAAGAAUAUUUUUUACCUGGGAAAUUGAUUCAAUUCUAAAAUAUUUGCACAAACACUUGAAAAGAAACUGCCAGGUACUUGAUUGCAUAUUCUAAAGGAUUUAUACUCUAUCGAUAAAACAAUAUAUAAAUAGAAUUAAUAUAUUUUACAUAUUGUUAAAAAAAAGGGGUACUUUAUAAAAGUCUUACCUGUAAUAAUUUGAUUAGCUAAGAUUACUGCAUUCAGCGUGAUAUUUACUUUCAGUCUGUUCGUUUCAUAAGUAAAAUUGACACAAACUAAAAAAACAAGUGAUCAUUCAAAAAAUUUCGCAUGCAUAGAGUAGAGUAUAUUAGAAGAAUUGUUUUAUUAUAUAUUUAUCAGUAAUUUUUUUAUUUUCAACCUACGUUGUUUCGUCAUCUUGGUAUAAAUGAUGAUAACAUUUUCGCAGCAAGAACAGGUGUAAGAUGUAGGACAAGUGCAUGAUCUUCCAUUUAACGAAUUGGUUUUGAAAAUCAAAAAUGCUUUCGACGCGGGAAAUCCUAUGGUGUAUUUGUUAAUAUAAAUAUAUACUAGAGCUGCGUUCUUUAUGCAUGUAUGUAUAAAAAAAAAAAAAAAAAAAGAAAAAAAAUUAAAAGGAAGAAAGGAACAAUUUGAAUCAACUAACUUUGCUUCUUAUUUAUAUUAAAUUCUGAAAAAAUGCACAGUAGUAAGAGGAACGUUUUGCACAGACGUAAAUUCAUUUCUUCGCACUAUUAGCUAAUACAAAUAAUACACAAAUAAAAAUAAUACACAGUUCAGUUAAUAAUAUCGAUGUUUUCACACUUUGAACUAUCUAAGUAUAAUAAAAUGAACGACGCUUUCUGGUCCGAUGUCUAUGCGAUACCUUUUCUACCGGAAAUAAUAAUCACUAUGAUGACCGAUAUAAAAGUUCAUUGAAUUUUAACGGAAAUCAGCGUUAUUUGUCACAAUUGUUUGACUCGACACUUUAUAUCGCGAUUGUUCAAUUGAAAAUCAUGUUUCUUUGCUUUGUAAAAUAAUUUUUGGUACUACAAUCAAAAAAAAAAAGAAAAAGAGAGAAAAAUGGACUAUCAUUAUAAAAGACUAUCAUAUGCUUUCGAUCAAACUCGAAUCUAUUUACAAUAGAGAAUUGGUCAAAGGUAAUUAUUAAUUAAGAUACAUAUGACAAAAUAAAAAAAAAAAAAAUAUAUAUAUAUAUAUAUAAAUAGAAUAAAUGUUUCUUUUAAAAUCUUAUAUUAAUCGUCGACGUAUGUAAAUAAUAACAAUUAUGUUAAAAAUCUAAUAUGUCGUCAUCAUCGUCGUCAUCAUCGUCAUCAUCAUCGUCGUCAUCGUAAUCAUCAUUAUAAUCGGUGUCGUCAUCGUCUGGAAAAAUUUCGACUUGGCCUAAUCCACCCCCAUCUUCCGGUUUUAUAUGAGCUAAACCAUUUGAACCAAAUCGGAUGCAAUCUAAUCCAACCUGCAUACGUGAAUAUUAUCAUCGUUCAUUAUCAUUUAUAUACUUAAAUCUCCAACUGUACACAUAUAUAUAUAGCUAUCGAUGAGUAUAUAUAUAUAUUUAAAUAGGAUCAUAAAAAAUGCUUUACUUUGAACAACGUUGUAUCUCUAAACUUUCCUUCCAUGUUGAUACAGAGAUGUAUAUUUCUACCUUGAAAGAAUAUAUUAUAAAAUCUCACACAGGCCCUAAUGUACGGUAUCCUUGGUACGGGCACGCAAAUUGGUCUAGGAUUUUUCCCUGAAACGAGUGGAAAAUGAAAAUCUUCAAAAAAAAAAAAAAAAAAAAAAAAAAAGAAAGAAUUGAAACGACCAAAAAAAAAAAGGAAGCAAUAUCCAU